AUGUCCGGUCUUCUCGGCGUGGGCUACGAAUCGAGCGAUGACGAGACUCCAAUAGCCCAGCCUACUCGGGCACAGCCAAAACCCAUAAACGCUGCGCCAGACGUUUUCACAGAGGUUUGGUCUUUGAUCUUGAAGCACAGUGCUGGUCGACCUAACGUACUACAGGACGCAAGUGAAAUGCAGAUAAUGCUGGCAAAUCCCACCAGCAAUGCGCUCACAUAUAAUGCCACAUACGACAACCUCUCAAGGCCGUCGCAAGGCCCGAUCAACCCUUUCAAAUCGUCCACGGGAAACGCCCUCAAACGCAAGAAUGUCCUCACGGGGCACGCCGAAGAGACUGCCAUGUCCGAAGCCACUUUCAAAACACAGCAUCACACCUUUCAGAGUCUUGGCUACUCGAAAGAUCCUAGCUUAAACGGCGCCUACGUCGGGAACCUAGAGGCGGCCGCAAAAUACGGCGGAAAGGAUUUCGUAGAGAUACGACACACGAAGGAGGAGAGUGCAAUGAUUCGAGCCAAGAGACAGAAGAAGGGGGACAGCAGCAUAGUGGACGGUGAAGGCGCUUAUCUUGGGCCUUGGGCAAAAUACACAAGUGACGAUGUAGCAUACGAGCAAGCCGAAGCCGCCGCUGAUCAGGAACUCGCCUCCGACGAAGAAUGGGUAGAAGAAGGACUCGACCCCCUCCCGCCGCCUCCCAAGGAAGCCACGGCAUAUGCUGAAGACUCGAGUGUCGCCGAAACCACAGAGUUUCACGGUGCCUCGGAGUUCGACUACCAAGGCCGUACGUACAUGCAUGUUCCCCAAGACCUGGACAUCGACCUGCGCAAAGAACCCGGAUCUAUACAGAACUACGCCCCAAAGAAACUCAUCCAUGUGUACAAAUACCACACCAAACCUAUCACGUCUUUACGCUUUAUUCCUCGAUCAUCUCACCUCCUACUGUCCUCUUCUGCCGACUCCAAAAUCGCCCUUUGGGAUGCACACCACGACCGAACAUUAUUGCGCACAUUCUCCGGCCACAACAAAGCAAUCACAGACACCGACUUCCAUUCUUCUGGUCGUAAGUUCCUUUCUGCCUCUUAUGACCGCCAAAUGAAGCUUUGGGACACCGAGACCGGUAAAUGCAUAUCACGCUUCACGACCGGCAAGACGCCACAUACCCUACGCUUCCAUCCGGACGGCAACGAAUUUAUUGCCGGCAUGUCAGAUAAAAAGAUUGUCCAGUUCGACACGAGAUCCGGCGAACUAACGCAGGAAUACGAUCACCAUCUCGGACCCAUCAACACGCUCACAUUCGUCGACGAAGGCCGGAGGUUCAUAUCGACCUCUGACGACAAGUCAUUGAGGGCCUGGGAAUACGGCAUCCCUGUCCCCAUCAAGUUCAUCGCUGAUCCCAGCAUGUAUGCGCUGGUGAGGGCGGCGCCGCACCCGAGUGGGAAGAGUGUUGCCUUUCAGAGCGCGGACAACCAGAUCGUCGUGUACGCGGCGGGCGACAAGUUCCGACAAAAUCGCAAAAAGGGUUUCCGUGGACACAACACGAGUGGUUACGCGAUUGACGUGGCCAUCUCGCCUGACGGGGGCAUCAUUGCCUCAGGCGACACCGGCGGGUUUGUGUGCUUUUGGGACUGGAAGACGGGCAAGAUGUGGCAUAAGAUUCAGGCCGGUGGAGAGGGCACCGGUGCAGUGACCUGCGUCGCGUGGCACGGGCAGGAAACGAGCAAAGUCGCUACGGGUGGAUUGGAUGGUAUCAUUAGGUAUUGGGACUGA